AUGGUGAUCAAGACCGACCUCUCCCUCUCCCUGGUUCCCACCGCCACGCCGGCGCUCAACAAGGACGACUACUUCGCCAUCUGCCUCGCCGCGCUCGUCGCCACCGACAAGGAGCAGCAGGCGAGCGCGUGGAACCCGUCCCCCGCGCCGGCUCAGGAGCUGCGGUUCAGCUGCGCGGUCUGCGGGAAGGCGUUCGCAUCGUACCAGGCGCUCGGCGGGCACAAGUCCAGCCACCGCAAGCCGCCGCCCACCGGAGAGCGCUGCAUCGCCGUGCAGGCGUCCGCGGGCGGUGGGUCGGAGGCGAGCGCGGCGGCGUCCUCGGGCGAGAGCAGCGGCGGCCCGCAUCAGUGCACCGUCUGCGGGCGGGGCUUCAAGACCGGGCAGGCGCUCGGAGGGCACAAGCACUGCCACUACUGGGACGGCACCUCCGUGUCCAUGUCCAUGUCCGUCUCCAUGUCGGCGUCCUCCGCCGUGCUGAGGAACUUCGACCUGAACCUGCUGCCGAUGCCGGAGAAAGCAGGGGUGAAGAGGUGGGCCGAGGAGGAGGAGGUGCAGAGCCCUCUCCCCACCAAGAAGCUGAGGCUUUUGCUGUAAAAGAAGGAGAGAUGGCCAAUGGUCAACCGCCCCUUGAUUGAUUUGUUCAUUUGUUGAAUUUGAUUAGCGCCCUCUCUGAUCUCUCCGUGUCCAUGGUGAGCCGCGCUUCCCGAUUUUCCUGGGUCGCUGCUAUACUGUCAGAAGAACUGAAACUUGAGGCAUUGCUCGCAAGACCGUAGCACCAGGGUUGCGGUCACUGACUAAACCUAGCCAGUCUGCAUUUUAUUUUUGUUCUUGAUGAGAAAGAUAUUUACAAUUGAUUCGUAGUCGCAAUCGGUCUUCAAUUUAACUGACGAUUUGGUGGUGAAACUAAACACUUUCAGGUACUGAUGAUCGACUACAAGCUAAUCUACCGAAGUGGGACUGCCACUGCCGUCCUCAUAAACGGGUUCCACACACCUCAAGGAGAUAAGAAUGCAAGGCAGCAGGUCCGUGGGAUUCCUCAAGUACUUUGGGAUCAGCUUCUUCUGGAGCUUCUUCCAGUGGUUCUACACCGAUGGCAACGUCUGCGGCUUCCGCCGGUUUCCCACCUUCGGGCUAAAAACCUGAAGUAAACAUUUUUCUUCGACUUCAGCCUGACGUAUGUUGGCGCCGGGAUGAUCUGCUCGCACCUCGUCAACCUCUCCCUCCUCUUCGGCGCCGUCCUCUCCUGGGGUGUAAUGUGGCCGCUCAUGAGCAAGUAGGAGGGGAAGUGGUACUCAGCCAAGGCGUCUGCCAGCAGCAUGCCAGGCCUUUCAACGGUUUACGAUAUCAUCGUCCCCGAACUUGCAUCGUUUGUAUCGUUGAACUGAAUGACAUUUUUUAUAAAAGAAAAAUGUUUUGUUUCUUUUUUAACUCACAUUUCUUGCAAUGAUGUUCUGGACUUCUUUUGUUUUGCGACUUGAACUUUUACCAACUUGAAUUACCGUGUAUGGAUGAGCACUUGAACUUAUAGAAGUGAAAGUUUUUGGUUUUAAA